AUGUGCCAGGGCCAGAUAGCACCAAUCCCUCGGUUGAAUUUCACUGGGCGCCGUACCUCCAUCUGGGUCAGGAUCGAGAUUACCUGGACAUCAAUCUUGUCGACGAACCCACGUAAGACGAUCUUGAAUGCUCAGCGCCAACGCCACAGGUAUCUGGCCCGGGUGAUUGCCGCUGCUGGAACUGUUCUGCUGAAGAACUCUCCGGGCAAGAAGGGCCUGCCACUCCGGAAACCAACCACUAUCGCAUUGUGCGGUCAGGCAGCGGGUCCAAAUUCUUAUGGUCCUAAUCAAUACCUCAUCCCCGAUGCGGUGCUUCCGAGCGAGUUUCACAUUCCGCAAGAGGCAUCUAUAAUGGGAUUAGGGCAAGGGACACCUGCGGAAGGCAUGGGUUCUGGAUCCACAUUUUAUCCUAGACUUCAGGAUCUACUGAGCGCUGCCAUUCAACAACGGGCGAAUCAGGACCUACCUUUGGUGGACUGGUCUCUGGGACACAAUAUAACAUUCGCAGCUACCGUCGCCCAGCGAGCAACGGUAUAUCUUCCGGUUGUCGCUUCAGUCGCCGGCGAAGGGAUUGAUAGGAGCUUGACCCUCAUCAACAACGGUGAUAAAUUGAUCACAACCGUCGCCGAUAACUGUGACAAUUCCGAUUGUUCAGUCGGUGGGGCCCGUCAGCAUGGAGGUAUGCAAGCCUGA